AUGGGAGGCAACAGUGACUUUGCUCUCAUUGUAAAUUCGUGUCGAGGGGAAGCGGAGCGUUUUGAGCAACAGCAGAAUGGGACUAACAGGCGAAAAGAAACGGGAAGUGGCAGGAUGAGCAAUGGCAAAGGGACGUAUUGGUACAAGUUAUGGCCGACUGAACGCAUUCGAACACUGCAUAACAUCGACACGAUUCUGAGUUUAAGCGAUCACUCACGACUCUGUGUGGCGCGUCCCGUGUCGCUUUCAGCCUUCCUCCCGGGUUCUGGGCUUGCUUCUGAGGCUGAGUUGGCUGUUUCAGUGGCCGAGCAUUUUAAGGAGGAAAUCAGCAACAAAAUUGAUAUGAAUAGAAAAGUAAUUCCAGUGACAGAAAUGGCAGAGGGCAAAGCGUUCCACCUUUCAAAAUUAGAAAAAUUCGCUGCCACUCCCAUGUUCAUGACGCUGUCGUACAGAACAACUACGGCUCAUUUUCACAUUAUGUCUAAAUCGCCUAUCGAACUUAGAGGCUACAAGGAGAUAGCACUGUCUGAUGCUGCAGGAAAUCGUCCAGCAUACAUCCGCUGUAUCGAUGAGUUCAGCACGGACUUUCGGGCAGCUGUUCGAUCCUCGAUUAAAAAAAAAUCACAAUAUACAAUUCAGCUGACACAGGCCAGCGAGAUAGACACAGGCGCCGCCUGUUAUCUGAGAAAAGAAUCAGAUCUCUUCCGGACGCUUGAAGGGGACACGUUGUCAACAGAAGGUACUCUGCCGAAUAUGGCAAUAGUGCGUGUAUGGGCUGUCACUGUUACCACAUCCUGUAUUAAAGAGAUUGCCAUUGUUCAAGGCAUGAAAAGGGUUAUGGAAGCAGUACAUUCAGACAUGAAGGAGACUCGCGCGCCCUUGGUGGCCCUGGGCCUGGUGGUGGCGGCGACGCUCUUUGCCUCUGUGCUGGCAAAGGGCGGUGACCUGGCCACACGACCUCGGCAGGGGAGAGUUGACCUGCCUGCACAUCCCCUGUACGCGUCCCUGCCGAGUGAGAACCGCAGGGUGCUCACGCUCGGCGAAGGCGACGAGCUGCCCAACUACGUCUAUGAGGAUGACGAGGACGAGGGCGCGGCCGCCGGGGAGGACGUCGUUGGCUCCUUCGGGCUACAACCUGCCCGACUCCUUCUCGUCGGCCCCCUCCUACGCCGACCCGUCCCUCCUGUCGGCCGUGAUGCAGCAGGCGGAGCAGGCCAACUUCAGGUACCCGCUGGCCACACCCGCCGCCCUCCGGCCGACCAGGCGGCGUCGGGCAGCGUGUCGAGCCCUUCGCAGGCCACCGACAACGACCUCAACGCGUACUCGCUGUUCCCGCCUCAGUUCCAUGAGCUACUGGCCAUCCCGCUGCACGUGUACAAGAACGGCUCGACGUACAACCCGCACGGGCGGCCGCACCACGUGCCCCUGCGCCCCUUCAUCUCCAAGGGCUACGCCAACACCAAGAUCCAGGGCGGGUCCAAGGUGCGCGUCCCCGAGAAGCAGGACACGCCCCACGUCGCUUACAAGCCCAAGCCCGUGUACGAGGACGCCCCCAAGCGACCCACGACCAAGUACCAGACCACGACUCCCGCCCCUACCACCUCGACGACUACCACCACGACGACGACCACGCGUCCUCCCCCGACGACUACAACGGACCAAAGGCCGAGACGACCAACUUACGUCGCCCCUCCACGACCAUACCGACCGACUGAAAGUACGACGACCGAGACAUACGACGAGACGACCGUUCCCUACUACUCCCGACCCUCUAGCCUCCCCUUCCGCCCGCCCACCGACUCCUCCCCGGCCAGCCCGAAGCCGACCCGCAGAGACCCCCCCGCAAAGGUGUCGUUUAACUACAAAAGACGACCCACCAUCCCCAGCGACCUCCCCCUCUCAGGUACACCCGACGCCCCUCCACGUACACGACGCCACCACGACCGAAAGACCUACAACCCCCCACGCCCCACGACCACCCGACGCCCCACGACCACCCCGCCCGCACGACCUUCCUCCGCACGACCUCCGCCCGCGCCGACCACCACUCGCCGCCAGCCCGACUUCAGCUACGAGACGUUCAGGGUGACAUCGAAGCCCGCCGCUGCGCCCGCCCCGGCUCGCGACGCCCUCCCGCCUUCGUCCCGCCCAACGUCCGACGGCCGCCCACGCCCCACGCCCGUACAGCAAGACCGCCCGACCGCAGCCGUCCAGCCCAAGCCCACGCGCGUCGAAAGGCCGCAGGAGGAGAGAGUGGUCGAAUUCCGCCCCUCGAAGCUCGACCCGUUCCUCCCCCCGAGCCCGCCGCCCACUACGUACCGCCCGCCCGCCGCCAACAAAAUUACCCCCCAGGGCGCGCCGCAGCAGCUUCCUCCGGUAGUCAACACCUUCGUGCAGCCCACCACGGCGCCCGAGUCCUCCCUCCAGCUUGGCCCCGGCUUCUCUCGACCGCCUCCCUCCUCCACCUCAGCCCCCUAGCAGGCCUUUCAUCCCCCACCUCCACCUCGACCCCCACCCGCCCACUCUCUUCCUUGCCCCCAUUGCCCUCGGGCCGCCCAGUUCCCCCUCCUUCUCCUGCGUCUCCUUCCAACCGCCAGCCCUCCCCCCUCCUCCCUCUGGACUCCCA